GCCUCCCGAGAGAGCCUAGAGAAGGAGCAAGGAAGGGAGCAAGGGGCUCCCAGCAAGAAGCCCAGAGCCACCUCGGACCAGCAUCUCCCUCCGCCCCUUACUAGCCUGGCACAUGCAUUGAAAACAAGAAGCUCAUGGUGUCUCUGUUCCUGAGGAAAGUUCCUGGAUGGCUGCUUUCUUCAGCACCUGCUCUUCUGGUUUGCUUCCCCUUGCAGGAGGCAGGGAAGCGCUGAGGUGGCAGAGCAACAGGGGCGGCAGGAAUCACGAAAAGCAAUGACCAGCUUCACAGUUUUCCCCACAUGGUUACUUUUUACAUAGGGCCAGCUCGCAUUGUGAUUUAUGAUAUAUUGCCACGUUGAAUGCUAUGAAACUGUUACCAUGAUGUGGACUUCAGGCUGGUUUGGGAUGAUGUGCUGAUAUAUCACCCAGCCCUAGUCUGGAGCCCUUGUGGUUGCGCUUAGAUUAAGUAAGAGUAAUGGUGGAACAGAUUCCCUCAAGAGGUGCUGGGCCCCUUCCUGGGAAGCUCUGAAGCAGAGGUUGGAGUGCCAUGGAUGCUUUAAUUGAGAUUCCUGCAUUGCAGAGGGUUGGACAAUAAUCCUCAGGGUCUCUUCCAAGUCUGUGAUUGUAUGUCACUAGUAUUAUUUAUCAGUUGUUGUAGUUUUAUUUCAGUAUUGAUUGAAUGCUAAAUUGGCUUCUAAGCAGUUGACAAACAAUAGUGAACAUUGGCCAGGGCGCACCUGAUCAGCUCCAUCAAUUGCACAGUGAGGGUUCCCCCCUAAAACAGCGCACAGGGAGAAAAGAACACAACGUGGAGCUCUAGCCAGUUACACAAAGAUUUCCAUCAUUAAAAUACACAAUAAAAUUAUUCCAUUAAAAUGUUAAAUAAGCAUUUUAAAUAAUUAAAAUGUGCAGCAAAACAAUCCCAUUAAAACAACGCAGCAAAGAACAGGCAGAAAACAACAGAGCAAAGUAUAGUAGAUAAUUUUUAUGCUAUCUAAGAUGAAGACCUCUUUCUUUUAGGGUGCAGUGUGUUUUGAAGAUGUAGCUACUUGUUUCACAGAUGAGGAGUGAGCGUUGCUGGAUCCUGACCAGAGAGCUCUGCCUAAGAAAGUCAUGGAGGAGAAUCAGGGGAUCAUGGACUCUCUUGAAGGUGAUGAAUUGGAAAUAAAGAAGGGAGGCCACCACAAAAUCUGCACAGUGGAGAGGCCGUGUGGAGCGAACUUCAGCCAGAGCUCCCAUAUCACUUCCCAUCGAAUAAAUCCUACUGGGGAGAAGCCCUAUCAGUGCUUGGAAUGUGGAAAGAGCUUAAGUAGUAAAGCAAGGCUCUUUUCCCAUCAAAGAAUUCAUACAGGGGAGAAGCCCUAUCAGUGCUUGGAGUGUGGAAAGAGCUUUCGUGUGAGGACCCAUCUCAUGACCCAUCAAAGAAUUCAUACAGGGGAGGAACCAUACCAGUGCUUGGAAUGUGGAAAGAGCUUUAAAAUAAGUGCAAAUCUCCAUCGACACCAGAAAGUUCACAUUGGGGGAAAACCUCACCAGUGCUUGGAAUGUGGAAAGAGCUUCCGCGAGAGGGCCCAUCUUACAACCCAUCAGAUAAUUCAUACAGGGGAGAAGCCCUAUCAGUGCUUAGAAUGUGGAAAGAGCUUAAGUAGUAAAGAAAGGCUCUUUUCCCAUCAAAGAAUUCAUACAGGGGAGAAGCCCUAUCAGUGCUUGGAGUGUGGAAAGAGCUUUCGUGAGAUUACCAAUCUCGUGACCCAUCAAAGAAUUCAUACAGGGGAGGAACCAUACCAGUGCUUGGAAUGUGGAAAGAGCUUUAAAAUUAGCGGAAACCUCCGUGAACACCAGAAAGUUCACACUGGGGAAAAACCAUAUCAGUGCUUGGAAUGUGGAAAGAGCUUCAGUAACAGCAGCUACUUCACUUCCCACCUAAGAAUUCAUACUGGGGAGAAACCAUAUCAGUGCUCAGAAUGUGGAAAGAGCUUCCGACAGCGGUCCAAUCUUACAGCCCACCAGAUAAUUCACACAGGGGGGAAACCAUAUCAUUGCUUGGAAUGUGGGAAGGGCUUCCGUGUGAGGUCCUCUCUCACAGCACAUCAAGUAAUUCAUACAGGGGAGAAACCAUAUCAGUGCUCAGAAUGUGGGAAGAGCUUUAGCAGUAGCGCAAACUUACAUCGGCAUCAGAAAAUUCACCGUGGGGAGAAACCACAUCAGUGCUUGGAAUGUGGGAAGGGCUUCUGUGAGAGGUCCACUCUCAAGGCCCAUCAAGUAAUUCAUACAGGGGAGAAACCAUAUCAGUGCUUGGAAUGUGGAAAGAGCUUCAGUGUGAAGGCCAAUCUCUCAGCCCAUCAAAGAAUUCAUACUGGAGAUAAACCAUAUCAGUGCUUUGAAUGCGGAAAGAGCUUUAAUACAAGCACAAACCUCCAUAGUCAUCAAAGUAUUCACCGUGGGGAGAAACCAUUUCAGUGCCAAGAGUGUGGAAAGAGCUUUCUGCGGAAGCGCGGUUUCACUUCUCAUCAAACAAUUCAUACAGGGGAGAGACCAUUUCAGUGUUUGGAAUGUGGAAAGAGCUUUAAGACAAAUGCAAACCUCCAUAGUCAUCAAAGUAUUCACCGUGGGGAGAAACCAUUUCAGUGCCAAGAGUGUGGAAAGAGCUUUCUGUGGAAGCAGAAUUUCACUUCUCAUCAAAGAAUUCAUACAGGGGAGAAACCAUUUCAGUGUUUGGAAUGUGGAAAGAGUUUCAGUCGGAAGGGCAAUCUCUUGACCCAUCAAAGAAUUCAUAAAGGGGGGAAACUAUAGGUUAAGGGUUGUUGUUUUACAUCUUUAUUGGUUUUUCUGUUGAUUUACAACCACCCUUUUCAUACACGUCAACAUACACUAUAAAUAAUUGAAAUCUCUCAACAUUCCACCAUUGAACAUGUAUGCAUAAACAAAAAAUAAAAUAAAUAUGUUACUUAUCUACUGAA